AUGAACGCAGACGAAAUUAUACAACUAAAGAAGUCGUUGACGAAAGCGCUAGAAAGCGGGAAGAUCGUUAGUGUCCUUGAAUUAAUGAAUAAACUCAAGGAUAAAGUCCCUUCAAAAGAAGUUUUAAAGAGAACAGAAAUUGGUCUUAUUAUUGGAAGGCAACGUACACAUCCAAAUCCCGAAGUAGCCAAACUUGCAAAAGAAAUUGUAAAGAAAUGGAAAGACGCAGUUAAUACAAUAAAACCUAAUGACAUACCAAAUGGCUUUACAAAGUCGACUGUCCCAGAGAGUAAAGCUGAAACAGCAAAAAGUGUUACAUCCAAACCAAGUCCGAAGGUUAAUGGAAAACCUAGACCACCCAAAAGAGAAAACACACAAGAUUCUGUAAUCUCAUCAUCAUCUGACACACCAACAUCAAUUAGCUCCGAAAAACAAGAACGCAAUUUUGAUCGUGAUCGCCCUGCUUAUAAAAGCACAAAUAAUUCUGCACGAGAUAAAUGCGUAAAGAUGCUAUAUGAUUCAAUGGCAUUUGAUUCAUGUGCCGAUUCUGAUCUUAUUCUUUUGCGUGCCAUCACUGUUGAAAAAACGGUAUUUGAUCAAUUUGGAAGACAAGUAGUUGACAAAUAUCGUGAUAAAUUACGUGGAUUGAUUUCAAAUCUUAGAGAUAAAAAGAAUCCAGGUCUUAGGAAACGUGUUGUCGAUGGCGAGUUGCAAGUCCAAAACUUUUGCACGAUGUCCAAGGAAGACAUGGCAUCAGAGGAGAAAAAAGCCAGAGACAAUGAGAUUCGACAAGAAAAUCUUUUUAAGGCACGUGGUGCUGGACCAGCACAAGCCGAGACUGAUAUGUUUCUUUGCGGAAAGUGUCGUAAUCGUAAAUGCACUUAUUACCAGAUGCAGACUAGAAGCGCUGAUGAACCUAUGACGACCUUUGUUACUUGUACAGUUUGUAACAAUCAUUGGAAGGACUCUUCUGGUGAUCCUUGA